AUGUCGCUCUUCGGCCAACCCAAGACCGGCAGCGUCUGGGGCCAGCAGCAGAGCACGCCGACACCAUCCACGCAGCAAACCAGCAAUCCCUUUGGCCAAACACUGGGAGGCACACCGCAGCGCACCGGGCUCGGCAACAGCUUGAUGUCCCCCCCUCAGCAGACGCAACAGAUGCCGACGCUAUCACAAUCACAGGCUCAGCUGUCUAGCUCGCUGUGGCAGCCUGGCAAGGAGACUCCUCAUCAGAAACCGAUACUCGAACAAAUGAAGCUUGUGACAGAGAAGUGGGAUCCAGCGAACCCCAGCUGCGUGUUCAAGCACUACUUCUACAACAAGGUGGACGAAUCACACAUCCCGUUCUACAAGCCACAGGCGCACGAGGACCCGCGAGAGUGGGAGGAGGCGCUGCAGAGCAAGCCGGGCCCGGAGUUCAUGCCAGUGCUGUGCUCCGGGUACACGGGGGUGGCGGACCGUCUCAAGACGCAGAAGCGGGCGAUGGCUGAGUUCAACACGCGGCUGCACCAGGUCAACGGCAGCCUGGACGCGCUGCUGCAGCGGCACGAGCUGGAGACGGAGGUGCGGGCGCUGGCUGCGCGGCGGCGGCAGGCGGCGAUCCACGCACGGUGCCUGGCGCUGGCGGCGCGGGUGCAGAUCCUGCGCAACCGCGGGUACGCGCUCAGUGGCGACGAGGAUGACCUGAACCGCCGGCUGCAGAAGCUGGAGCGCGAGGUGCAGGACCCGGCCGUCGGCGCGCGCGAGGAGGACCUCUGGAGCCGCCUGAUUAUCCUCCGCGGCUACGCGGACCGGUUGAGCAAGGAUAUAAGCCAGCCGGUGACCGAGGGCGGCGAGCUGGAUGAAGAGACGCAGAACAAGGCAAAGAAGAUUAUGCAAGACUACGAGAAGCAGCUCAAUCACCUGAAGAAAGAGGUCGAGUCGCUGAGUGCAGACUUCGCAGAGUGGGAGGAGAGCCGUAGCUCUAAUGUGCGGACGAGAUAG